CAUUAGCUGAUUACACUUAGUUUUAUUGAACAUUGGCUGUAUGCGAAGAAUGAGCUCGUGUUUGUAAUUUGCCAGAAAGCUGAAAUUUAAUUGUACCAAUGGCUGAGAAGACUAGAGAAGAUAAAGCUCCAAGCUCUUCACACAACCUGACGUGUCCGCUAUGUCUUGAUAUCUUCGACGAGGCAACCAUCCUGACUUCAUGUGGACACACCUUCUGUCGGAAAUGUCUCGAGAAGUACGACCUGUCCCAUCAGGAUCUCGAUCACAUGAUCUGUCCUCUCUGCAGAGAGGUCACCAAGUUGUCUGCGAACCGUGUUGACGAUUUCCUUACCAAUGUGACUGUCAACGGACUCGUAGACGAUUACCACGCAAACUGUGGAGGGGUGAAUGCUGUCCUUGAGAUGCGUCCAAAAUGCACUGCUUGCAAGUUUCAGCAAGAUGCUGUCUCAUUCUGCAGAACGUGUAAUAACUACAUGUGUGAUAAGUGUCUAGAUUGUCAUCAACAUCUUGCAGUCUUCUUUGAAGGUCACGACAUUGUAUCCAUACAGGAUAUCAUCAACGGGAAGGUCAGCAUUGGUCAUCUAUCCGAGAAGUGCUACAUCCACAAACAAGAGAACAAAGAUAUGUUUUGUGAGGAUUGUCAGGUCCACGUCUGUUUCAAGUGCGUGAUCGUCGGUCAUCAAUUUCACAAAAUCAAGAAUCAGGCUGACUUCGAGCAGGAGUUACGGCUUAAGGUGAACGACCUUGUCCAGCGAUGUGCCACUAAGAAAUCAGAACUGGAGAAGAACAUUCAGAAUGUGGAAGUACAACGCGAUGAAGUUUACACUGCCGUGCAGAAACUAUUGGACAAUGUCAGUCAAGCCUACAGCAUCAAGGCUAAAGAGCUUGAAGAAAAUCAUCGAAAUCUCAUCGAGCAAAUUAAUGCAGUAAAGCGGAGUUUCGAGGACGACCUCACCGUCUUGAAAUCCAAGGAUCGACAGAUGAUCAAGAGUAUCUGUAGUUCAAUAACACUGGUAUCUAAUGACAGACUGGGUCGUCUUGAGACAGACAGUCUGUCAGCUCAUACCUUGCUCUGUGAGGAGCUGGAUGCCGUGCUGAAGAAGGCUACUGAUCACACUUCUGCGGCAGCAAUUACGAAGAAAGCACAGAAGAAGAGGUUCAAGCCUGCAGAUGACACUCGUCUUGAACUCGGGUGCAUCUCAGAAGCAGAUCCGAAGUUGCAAGUCAUUCAGUGUGUAGACCUACAAGAAAUGAUGUAUGGAAUGACCAAGUACUCUGAUGACAUUGCAGCUAUUGGAUAUUGGGAUGCACAUGGAAUAGACAUCAUUGAUACAGCUGGUAACAAGCACCAGUAUGCAAACAUACCAAGUAACAUGAAAUGUUAUGAUCUUGUGUUUCAACAAGACAGGUCGUUAUGCGUAACGACGGGUUGCAAAGAAGCACACAUAUAUUCUCCGAAUGGAUCCAGGAAAUCAACCAUCACCGUGAAAAGCAAUAGCAAUUAUCUCAAAUUAAACAGAAGUCCAUCUGAUGAAAUCCUCAUCGUUAACUACGACAAGAAAGUCUAUAUCUAUGACCCGACUGGAUCCACCCUCAAACAUACUAUUCCAACAAAACACAGCAAGACGGGCCAGGUAUCUGCUACCAGGUCGGGUUUGAUCGUCACGAGUUCAUGUGACAUCAAGCCAAGUGUGGUGACGGUCUAUGACAGGGAUGGGAAAGCUUGUAAGUCUCUACAAGCUCUAAACGGUGUCCUCCUGUAUCAUGCCGUCGAUGAGCAGGACAUGGUGUAUGUAGCGAGUGUUGAUCGUGUGAAUGGUAACGUGGUGAUCAGGCUCUAUGACCUUGAUGGUCUGAACCUGAAGGAGAGAGCUGAGUUCAAUGCACUUACUAUGACGAUUGGUUCUGAUUGGUGUUACUUGGUUUCCCUCUCUCCAGACAUGCUCGCGUUUUCUAGUUACAAUAAGUUGUAUUUUAUCGAAGUAUCACUGUAA